AUAGGCAGUCUUCGGAGACAGGUGCAGGCAUUACAGACUCGUUUGGAUGAGAUGAGGACGAUUAGUCAGCAGUCGGAUUCAACAGUACCCAAUGACAAUGGCCAUGCUAGAGAUCUCGAAGUCCAAGUGGAAAACCUCACGAAUACUCUAACAACGACACAAAAGGCUCUGCUAGUUUACAUUGCCAUCCAUGACCGGCCGUGCACCUGGGAUCAGGUGCUACACGCAUGCACAGAGUUUUCACCCCAACGAUCGGCUGCUGUGCCGUGGACUGCCGGCGGAACCACCACAAAUCGGAAUCCAAUCUACUGCCUUGAAGUCACGCGGUCGACUGAGGAAAGCGAAAGCAAAGCAACUGAGGCGCUCAAAUUGGCUGACCUCUCCUCAAGUCGUGUUGAACAGCUUCAGCAAAAUGUUGCACGUCUGACGCGUUCUCUAGCAGCGUAUAAGGAGAAGGCCACCACCAUCCUCUCAGACAAGGAGAGGGUGAGUCUCUACCCUUUUCUCUCUUUAUCCCUCUCAUUUUAA